AUGUCCUCUUCGGGGUCCUCGCCGUUCGUGGAACACCCCCGACUACUGCUAGAUACCACAUCGGACCACAGCUUGCGCCAAAAAGUGUCGCAAUUGGAAUUCCAGCUCACUUCGCUUCGCACUGAAAAGAAGCUCUAUCACCAAGAAAAGGAACUGCUCGUGUCCAAGUGUGAGGAGCUCAUCACCCAGAAGAACCUGGAACUCAGCACGUUGCAGAGCGACUUUGACUUUUUGUAUAAGCAGCGAGAACAACUCCAGUCCAAGUACGACAAUGCUCAGUCCAUCCAACAGACCCAUUUUGACGAAUUAAAAACACAACUAAAAGACGCCAAAAUCGAGCGAAACGACUUGGUGGAGCGCAAUUCGGCGCUAGAAAGCAAAUACAACAACAUUCGUAGGCUUUACGAGCAAUUGCGGGCUGAUUCCAAGUACCAUGAAGAGGUAGCCGAGCAGCUACAAGACAAAAUAGACGACUUGGAGGAGGGAAACAAGAGCCUCCGCAAGACAAAUGACCAUUUGAUGGAUAAACUCAACUUGAUAGGCAGCCAAAUGUCUUCUGGAACCGCUUCGGAAAUUCUCCAGCAGAAACUAUUCCAAUUGCAGCGGACCACCACCGACCAGCAGCAGAAAAUUAAUGAGCUUCUCAAGCAAAAAGAGUCCGCAGACUUGCUCCGCGAAAAGAACAUUUCCUUGACCAAAAAAGUAGCCAUGUUGGAGCCAUAUGAGGAGAAGUACUGCCAGCUUGAAGUGGACCACUUGGAGUUGAAAGCCAGAUUCGACGCUUAUUUCGAUAUUAUCGACUCCCAUACAAUCAAAGGCAACGGCACAUCAACUGAAGAUCGCAUAUACAGCUUCAUGGACAACUACAAGAAUCUCCAAAACACCAACUUGGUUCUUCAGUCCAAAUUUGAUGAGUGCCAGAUACACCUAACCGACACACAAUCACAGCUUGCUGAACAUAUGGCUACCAAUGGAGAAUUGCAGCAGAAGAUUCGGACGCUUCAGGAGGUGGUCGACUCGCGCCAGCAAUUGAUAGAGAAGUUGGAACGUCAAAAACUACUUAACGUGAAAGAGAUCAAUUUUUUGAGAGACCUGCUCAAGCAACAAGAUACGCUUAUAGCUCAAAAGAAAACUGCCGAUGCUCCAGCAGAUGUCAAUGGGUCGCAUGUGCAGAACCUUCAAAAGCUUCUUGAUGAUUGCCGGGCCGAGAUAAACAACUUGCAAGCUAGAGCAAAGCAACCCACUCCAAAUUUUGAAGCCGGAAACAAACGUCCAGCGUAUGAGUCUCCCCUCAGAACGAGCAUAACCUCUUUGGAAGGAGAAAAUGUCCGCUUGCGAGCGAAAGUUAAAACUCUAGAAGAAGAAGUAGAAAGCGUUCAGGCCAGACUCAAGGAAUACCAGCAACUAAAGGACAAGAGAGAGCUGUUGCACACCCUACAGUUGCGUCUCAAUCCUGCUUCUCAAGACCAGAUAGUCAAGCAGGCAAUGCUUGAUGCACUUAGGCAUGAGAAUGAGAACCUUAUGAAAAAAUAUGUGGAAAAUGAAGAGGUGAAAAGUAUCCCACGAGCGGUAUUUGAGAGACAAGAAUGCGACAAGCAGCAGUUGAAAACCGAAAUCGAGUCUUUGUCAAAGCGUAAUAAUCGACUCAAGUCAAUCUACUCGCAAAAGAGCCGCGAUGUUCUUUCGGUAAUCUCAAAGUACUUUGGCUACAACAUCGAAUUUAUUGCAAACCCCAUUAACCCCAAUGAUAUGUUAUCGAGGAUGAAGCUUGUAUCAAGAUACAAACCUUCCGACGAACCCAAAAACGACUAUUUAUUGUUGGACACGGGAACGAAAUCUUUGAAAGCUUAUGGAAGCUACGAGUUCAAAUCAAAGUGUGAAACCUUAGUGACUCAAUGGGUAACAGAACAAGAUGAGAUUCCGUGUUUCUUGAGUGCGUUGACAUUGAGCAUGCAAAACAGGAAUGCCUAA